CAUCACCGGAAGUGGAAGGGAAAACCGGAAGUGUAGAAGAAGGAAGUGACUGACACCGGUAGCGCUUCUCACCGUAGCCCAGUCUUGUUGUUUGUGUUAGGAAACGGGAGCCAUACCGGCGGUACACCCUAAGAGCCAACAGCUGGAGGUGCGAAGGCGGAAAUUCCAGGGACGCGGGGGGCGCGGCGCUCUCUGCUGUGGGCCUCCGGUGACAUUGAUAAAGCGGCUCUCCGGGGACUGUAUACCCAGGGGUCUCCCCCCUCUCCCCGUACCCUGACUCCACCGCCUGUGUGUGAGGUGCAUGGUGGAUGAAUAUGGCGCAAGAGACAAACCAUAAUCAGGCUCCUCUACUUUGUUCUAACGGCUGUGGCUUCUAUGGUAAUCCACGUACCAAUGGACUCUGCUCCGUCUGCUACAAAGAAUUUCUACAAAGACAGAACAGCAGCAGCACUGGCAGAAAUAGUCCUCCAGUGGUGUCGGUGGGAAGUGGGGUGGAGGCUUCCGCUCCACAUCAUGUAGUCAGUUCAAAGGUGGAUGAACAAACAGAGUCUGUGGCUCCACAGACACAAGACAGUUCUCUUCCCCAACCAGAAUCAGCCUCGUCUUCACAAGGGGAAACCCCAGAUGACAGAAUUACUGAAUCGGAGAAGGCACUAGAUUGCAGACUCUCAGAGAAGGGUUUCAGUUUUUCAAGCGUAGAAAAGGGGGGAGUUCAGCGCAGUGUGUUGCAAGAAGGCUCGAGAAGGGGCAAGAGAAAACAUAAUGAAACAGAACAGACGUUAGACAGUGAUGAUGCUGCAGCUUCAGAUAGUGCACAGAAUUCUUCCGAAGAACAAGAGCGCUCUCCACAGAAGGCCAAAGUCAAGAAGACAAACCGUUGCCAUGAGUGCCGCAAAAAAGUUGGACUUACAGGCUUUGAUUGCCGAUGUGGGAAUAUAUUCUGUGGGACACACCGUUACUCUGACAUGCACAGUUGCUCCUAUGACUAUAAAGCUGAUGCAGCUGAAAAGAUAAGAAAAGAAAACCCCGUUGUGGUCGGGGAAAAGAUCCAGAAAAUUUGAAAGUGAGCUACAGUCUGUGUCCUGGAUGACACCUGCAUUAUGGUGUGGACUGUUGUGGGGAUAACAUGUCAUACAACCCACCUGUAUCAUCUUGACUCUACAUCCAGUGAUACAGUUCUUUCUUUAUCAUCUUACUACUUCUUCCCCCUUCCUUUUCUUAUUACAGUUUUCCUGAAUCCUUACAAUUGAAACAAGGAUAAACCACAAAAAAAACUAAACUAUAAAAACUCUAAACAGUCUCCAGUUUUUUUCCAUACUGUGCACAACUGUUUGAGGGAGCGAGGAUGUGAUGGAGUGCAAUAUACUCUCUGGAUGUGGCUUGUUGUUACAUCUCUGUGAUCAGACUCCUGACUCUUUAUCCCACUGUAUUCAUCCCAGAACUGAAUGGAUCAACAUUUUAUUGGACCAGUUUAAUCACGUGUGCUUGAGCUCUGGCAAAGGCCCUUUUACAACCAAGGAUGAUUUAUCUUAUUUUAUUUUCUUCUGCAUCAUAUUGUGUGAUUGAGUGGGUGAUUUAAGAAAGGAAAUCUUUAAUUCUAGAAGAAAAAGCGUAUCCAUUUUAGUGUUUUGGAAUCUGUUUUUUCUUUCCCCAGCAGGUCCUGCAUGUGUUUGCUCCGAGCCCAGCCAACUCUGGUGGCUUCAGGUAGUGAUGUCUCGCCUUCACUAGGCAGUACUAGAUAUGAACAGGGAAGGGCCCCGUACAAUUCUAAAAGGCUGGUGCCGUAAAAUUGAGCAUUUAUUUCAAAGGCCUUCCGUUUGCUUCUGGCUGUUAAACAUUAUAAAUUUAAACUAUUUUUGUUUCAUUUUUAUAGUAGAUAUAAUCAAACGUGUGAGCGCUGGCCACAUAUUGGCCUCUCACCAAAGGUUUUAUGUUUAUGUCAGUUUGAUUUAAAUAAAAUCUAAAAGCUUG